UCGUACGGCCACGGUGCCUUCUGGGAAUCGGAAGUCUAUGCGUUAUUGUUCCGGGUUGAAGGGCGCCAUCGUCAACGUCUCUCUCUCUCUCUCUCUCUCUCUUCAACUUUAACUACCUGCGAACCCCUGAUGUCUGAGGACCGGAGCAGUGAUGAGUGUGGUUACACAAACGGAGAAGGAUCCCUGGUGGUGAGCAAAACGCAGAGAGUGCAGUAAACAUUUCUGCGGAUGUCCCGCUUCACCAGCCGCAACAUAACGGCCACCUGCAAUACGAACUUCCAAUGUGUGACGUCGCUCUAAGUACACUUGGAUGAUGCACACUGUCCACCAGUGUGCUGAAUGUGCUCUCAGUUUUUUAAUAGCAUGUCGGAGCUGAACAAACAUGCAGAGGAGGAACACUACUCGAAGUCGGAGGACCAAAGGCGGGGUCCGGCGUCGCGCACGGGGCUGCCGGAUAGCCCCGAGAUGUCUGGAGACGGCGUGGACUACGACCUGGGAAGACCCCUCGACUCUGACGAUCUCAGCACGGACGAAUCAACGAACAGCAACUCUGAGGACGAUCACAACUCUGACUUUAAAGCAAUUGAAAGUGAUCCCAGCUACGUCGCAUCAGAUGAGGACACAAACUCGAGCUGCAACUCUGAGGGCGAUCAUAAGCGUGACUUAAGAGCACUUCAAAGUGAUCUCAACUACGCAGAAUCAGAUGAGGACACAAACUCGAGCUCGACCGAGUCUGGGGAUUCUUCGUACAGUCCCAAACGAGGCCAGCCCACCCACAACACUAACAAGGACUCGGUCUGCAAAGAGUGUGGCCGAGGGCCCUUCAAGUCCCUCAAGCUACAUCUGCGCCACUGUACCAGCGUGACGGGCGUGACGUUCCAGUGCGCUCGCUGCAUGAUGAGCUUUCCCAACGAGGCGGCUCUCAAGGAGCAUCGCACCUUCUUGUACUCCUGCGACCGCUGCGGGCAGGUGUUCAAACACUGGGAUCUGCACCAUCACCACCCACCGCCCGACACGGGGGCUUUGCGCUUGCUCUUCUUCUGCUCUGAAUCCAUGCCCAAAGCGUGCACCAUAUGCAAGUGCUUCUUCGUCAACGAAAAGUGUCUGUUCGCCCACGUCGCCGAAGUUCACACGUCGGUGGUCAGCACCACGGUGCGCAUCGUGACAAGAAAAUCGGGAUUGACUGACAAUAAGAUGUCGUCGAGCGUGGCCACUUUGAGUGCGCCGGUCGUCAACGGCGAGCCGGUCAUUGAUAAACUGCUCUUAACGGAUCAUACGUAUUCUUCUUCUGCCAAAGUCGAGGCAAGCUUCCCCGCCCCAGCAUGCUCGGACCCACAACCCGCCAUUCCGCCCACGUUUGAUAGUCAGCGCCAGGCGUCGGCCUCCACGAAGCGCGCAAACGCGAGCCGGCGCUCCAAGGCGCCGCCGCGACCCUGCCGGCAGUGCGGCACCAUGCUGCGGCAGCCCUACCUCGCCAUUUGCCACCGCUACCUCCACCGCGGCCGCCGUUCGCACCGCUGCCAGUGCGGCCGCUCCUUCAAGCACCGGCUGCACCUGCUGCGCCACUGCGUGCAGCACGCCGAGGCCGAGAGCUACAUCUGCGUCAACUGCGGCAAGACGUUCACCGGCGCCAGACUCCUAGCCAAGCACUUGGGCACGCGGAAGAAAGAAAAGUGCAGAAGGAAGUGCAUGAUGCCCCUGGCGUGCAGCUGUGGGCAUUUCUUUUACCGGGCCUCUGCCUACAUAUGGCAUCAACUUAAAAACAAUGUGAAAACUGGACAUUUUAAAACCGCUUUCAAUCACAAGCAAAAGUCCAAAAGUGUCAGAAACCAAAAAGAAGUCCUUUGUCAUACCCACACAUUUGUUGAGAGGGCAAAGACUCCACACAGCUUUUAAUUCCAGGAAUUUCCUGGACAGUUUUACAAGAC